AUGGCUUCUCUAGUGUCCUCACCAUUCACUUUACAGUCAACCAAACCAGACCAACUGUCUUCACUAUCUCAAAAACACUACUUUCUUCACUCAUUUCUCCCCAAGAAAAUUAACAAAACCAACUUGAAAUCCUCAUUGAAAGUAAAAUGUGAUGCAAUUGGCAAUGGCCUAUUCACACAAACCACCCCAGAAGUUCGCCGAAUAGUACCUGAAAACCACCAGAAUCUCCCCACUGUGAAGAUAGUGUAUGUAGUCCUUGAAGCUCAGUAUCAAUCUUCACUCACUGCUGCAGUUCAAGCUCUAAACAAGAGCUCCAAAGAUGCCUCAUAUGAGGUUGUUGGUUACUUAGUAGAGGAGCUUCGUGAUGAAUCCACAUAUAAAACUUUCUGUAAGGAUCUUGAAGAUGCAAAUAUCUUUAUUGGAUCAUUGAUUUUUGUUGAGGAGCUUGCAUUGAAGGUUAAAGCUGCUGUGGAGAAAGAAAGGGAUAGACUUGAUGCGGUUUUGGUAUUCCCUUCAAUGCCUGAGGUAAUGAGGCUCAACAAGUUGGGUUCUUUCAGUAUGUCUCAGCUUGGUCAAUCAAAGAGUCCAUUCUUUCAGUUGUUCAAGAGAAAGAAGCAAGGUGCAGGUUUUGCUGACAGUAUGUUGAAGUUAGUGAGAACUUUGCCAAAGGUGUUGAAGUAUUUACCUAGCGACAAGGCUCAAGAUGCUAGGCUUUAUAUCUUGAGUUUGCAAUUUUGGCUUGGUGGGUCACCAGAUAACUUGCAGAAUUUCUUGAAAAUGAUAUCUGGUUCUUAUGUUCCUGCAUUAAAGGGGAAAAAGAUUGCGUAUUCCGAUCCAGUUUUGUUCUUGGAUAGUGGAGUUUGGCACCCUUUGGCUCCUUGUAUGUAUGAUGAUGUGAAGGAGUACUUGAAUUGGUAUGGAACCAGGAGGGAUGCUAAUGAGAAGCUUAAAGACCCUAAUGCACCAGUUAUUGGGCUGGUUUUGCAAAGGAGUCAUAUCGUAACUGGUGAUGAGAGUCACUAUGUAGCUGUGAUUAUGGAAUUGGAGGCAAGAGGUGCUAAAGUGAUACCAAUUUUCGCCGGUGGACUUGACUUUUCAGGGCCUGUUGAGAGGUAUUUGAUCGAUCCAGUUACAAAGAAACCAAUGGUGAAUUCAGUGGUAUCAUUGACUGGUUUUGCUCUUGUUGGAGGGCCAGCAAGGCAGGAUCAUCCAAGAGCUAUUGAGGCAUUGAGCAAGCUGGAUGUGCCUUAUAUUGUUGCAUUGCCUUUGGUGUUUCAAACAACUGAGGAGUGGUUAAACAGUACUUUGGGGCUGCACCCAAUUCAGGUGGCUUUGCAAGUUGCUCUUCCUGAGCUGGAUGGUGGCAUGGAACCCAUUGUUUUUGCCGGCCGGGAUCCAAGAACAGGGAAAUCACAUGCUCUUCACAAGAGGGUGGAGCAGCUCUGCACCAGGGCAAUCAGAUGGGCUGAACUGAAAAGGAAAUCAAAGACCAUGAAGAGGUUAGCAAUCACUGUCUUCAGUUUUCCUCCAGACAAGGGGAAUGUCGGAACAGCUGCCUACCUUAAUGUCUUCUCCUCCAUCUUCUCAGUUCUGAAAGAGUUAGAAAGAGAUGGCUACAAUGUUGAGGGCCUUCCAGAGACUUCUGAAGCCUUGAUUGAAGACAUACUGCAUGAUAAAGAGGCUCAAUUUAGUAGCCCAAAUCUGAACAUUGCUUACAAGAUGGGUGUUCGAGAAUACCAAAGCCUUACUCCAUAUGCCACUGCAUUGGAAGAAAACUGGGGCAAACCUCCUGGCAAUUUGAAUUCUGAUGGAGAGAAUCUCUUGGUAUAUGGAAAACAGUACGGUAAUGUCUUCAUCGGAGUCCAGCCCACUUUCGGUUAUGAGGGUGAUCCUAUGCGACUAUUGUUCUCCAAAUCGGCUAGCCCACAUCAUGGAUUUGCUGCUUUUUACUCCUUUGUUGAGAGAAUCUUCAAAGCUGAUGCAGUUCUUCAUUUUGGAACUCAUGGUUCACUUGAAUUCAUGCCAGGGAAGCAGGUGGGAAUGAGCGAUGUUUGUUAUCCCGACAGUCUCAUUGGGAACAUCCCCAAUGUCUAUUAUUAUGCUGCCAAUAACCCAUCUGAAGCCACCAUUGCAAAACGCCGCAGUUAUGCGAAUACCAUUAGCUAUUUAACCCCUCCAGCUGAAAAUGCUGGACUUUACAAGGGCCUGAAGCAGUUGAGCGAGCUCAUCUCCUCAUACCAAUCCCUCAAAGACACAGGUCGUGGGCCACAGAUUGUGAGCUCCAUUGUCAGUACAGCUAGACAAUGCAAUCUUGACAAGGAUGUUGAGCUUCCUGAAGAGGGGGAGGAGAUCUCUGCAAAGGAGCGAGAUCUUGUGGUUGGAAAGGUAUACUCCAAGAUCAUGGAGAUUGAAUCCCGGCUUUUGCCAUGUGGGCUUCAUGUCAUUGGUGAACCUCCAUCUGCAAUGGAAGCUGUCGCAACCUUGGUCAAUAUUGCAGCAUUAGACCGUCCUGAAGAUGAGAUUUCAUCGCUGCCAUCAAUAUUAGCUGAAACUGUUGGACGAAGCAUAGAGGACAUUUAUAGAGGGAGUGACAAGGGAAUCUUGAAGGAUGUAGAACUUCUUCGGCAAAUAACCGAGGCCUCACGUGGUGCCAUUUCUUCCUUUGUGCAGAAAACAACUAACAAUAAGGGUCAAGUUGUAGAUGUUGCAGAUAAGCUUAGCUCGAUCCUUGGGUUUGGUAUUAAUGAACCAUGGGUUGAUUACUUGUCAAACACAAAAUUCUACCGGGCAGAUAGGGAUAAGCUGAGAACAUUAUUCCAGUUCCUAGGAGUCUGUUUGAAACUGGUAGUUGCUGACAAUGAGCUGGGGAGUCUAAAACAAGCCUUGGAGGGCAAGUAUGUGGAGCCAGGGCCUGGUGGUGACCCAAUCAGAAACCCAAAGGUGUUGCCAACUGGAAAGAACAUUCAUGCGCUAGACCCACAAGCCAUUCCUACAACAGCAGCAAUGCAGAGUGCAAAAGUUGUGGUGGACAGAUUAAUUGAGAGGCAGAAAGCUGACAAUGGUGGGAAGUAUCCGGAGACAGUUGCACUUGUAUUGUGGGGAACUGAUAAUAUCAAGACCUAUGGUGAGUCCCUGGCUCAGGUCUUGUGGAUGAUUGGAGUGAUGCCAGUGGCUGAUACCUUUGGUAGGGUUAACCGGGUGGAAAUUGUAAGUCUUGAAGAGCUUGGAAGGCCUAGGAUUGAUGUCGUCGUUAAUUGCUCAGGAGUGUUUAGAGAUCUCUUUAUCAAUCAGAUGAACCUCCUCGAUCGUGCAGUGAAGAUGGUAGCUGAACUAGAUGAGCCAGCUGAUCAAAAUUAUGUCAGGAAGCAUGCUCAAGAACAAGCUGAAGCCCUUGGCGUUGACAUUCGGGAAGCUGCAACACGCAUAUUCUCUAAUGCCUCAGGAUCAUACUCCUCAAACAUAAACCUUGCAGUGGAGAAUUCAUCAUGGAAUGAUGAGAAGCAGCUUCAAGACAUGUACUUGAGCAGGAAGUCCUUUGCCUUUGACUCUGACGCCCCAGGUGCAGGCAUGAUGGAGAAAAGGAAAGUUUUUGAGAUGGCUCUGAGCACAGCGGAAGCCACUUUCCAAAAUCUUGACUCCUCAGAAAUCUCACUCACUGACGUGAGUCACUAUUUUGAUUCAGACCCAACAAACUUGGUGCAGAACUUGAGGAAAGAUAAGAAGAAGCCUAAUGCUUACAUUGCAGACACAACAACAGCCAAUGCUCAGGUACGUACUCUAUCUGAGACGGUGCGACUCGAUGCACGAACCAAAUUGUUGAACCCCAAGUGGUACGAAGGAAUGAUGUCUACUGGAUAUGAGGGUGUGCGUGAAAUUGAGAAGCGGCUUACAAACACUGUUGGAUGGAGUGCAACUUCAGGCCAAGUAGACAACUGGGUCUACGAAGAAGCUAACUCAACUUUCAUCCAAGAUGAGGAGAUGCUGAAAAGACUCAUGAACACCAACCCAAAUUCGUUUAGGAAGAUGGUGCAGACCUUUUUAGAGGCCAAUGGACGUGGGUACUGGGAAACUUCUCAGGAGAACCUUGAGAAGUUAAGACAGUUGUACUCUGAAGUUGAAGACAAGAUUGAAGGUAUUGAUCGGUAA